CAACUUUUAGAUGAAAAACAUAAACAAACAGAAAAUGGAAUUGUUUUGAGCGCCACAAAAAAAUAGGAAACAAUAAUUACAAUGAGUGAUGAAAAUAAUAGUAAAGUAUACAAUCAUUAUCUGGAAUUAAGUAAACCUACCAAAGAGGAUUUAAAAAGAGUCUUCACGGAAGACGAACUAAAAGAAUUAUGUUUAAAACACAAAUGUCGUGUGAAUAUGUGGCGAUGGAAUGUGGCCAAUGAGUAUCGUAUAGUGUUUACAGAAAGUGGACGCUAUCAAAGAUGGUCGGAACGUGAUCGUUUACGUAUGCUGGCCAAGGCGGUGAAUAAAAUGAAGCCAGCUGUUCUUUACGACGAGGAGGAGAUAUUAAAAACACGAAAAGAAGAAUGGGCUUUUCAAUUAAAGGAGAAUAUUUUAUCAUUGGACUAUUGGCGACGCGAGGAGUUACGCAGUAAAAGUCCUCGGCUUAGGGUAUCUGAGUCUGAAGAAUUCGAAGAACUAUCCCAAAUGGCCGUUAAUACAGAAUCUAUGAAUGUAAAUGAAUUUUUGACAGAAAAUGCAAAUGAAAUUCAAGACUUUGAUUUAGAAGUAGAAAGAAACAUUGAAGUUCACACAGAAUCUAUGAAUAGCAGUGAAUUGCUAACACAAUCCCAAGGACAAAAAGUAACCAGGAAAAAAGUAACUUUCAACAACAGUCUACUUACAACACAAACUCAGGGACAGGAAGCUCACCAAGAAAAAACUACUCCAAUCAACCGUCAAAGCGUAAUAACAGAAAAUGUUUUAAGCCAAAAAGAACUAGAUCAAGCAGUUGAAUCGCAACUCGAAGUUAAUACUGAAUCUAUGAAUGUUAACGAACUAUUGACACAAACCCAACAAGAGCAACUACAACAGCCUUUAGAAGAGGUACCCUUUAUAGUACUAACACCAGCAACAUCUACACAAAGUGAUAAUGAUAAUAUUUUAUUGGCUGACAUUGAAGACGAUGAUAUAAUGGAAGAUGACGAAGACUCUGAAGAUUCUAUUGAGACCGUACAACUCAAUAGUAAUGAACGUCAAUUACACGUACAAGUUGCAAAAGGUGAGACUUUACAAUCUCAAGAAGUUGCACCCGAAAUUGAAAAUCUUUAUGAUGUUAACACUAUGUCAAUGAGCAUUGAUUCACAAAUGGUCAGUCAAUCCCAAGAACUACCAUAUGAACAGUCCCAAGAUGUUAUACCGGCUAGUUAUGAUAAUUUUAUAAAUAUUAUACCCGUUACCUCGACACAGUCGCAAAGUGAAGAAUUAUCACAGGAGAUUGUAUAAUGUGUUCGGAAUAAGAAUGUAUUUAAAAAUUGUGUUUUUUUAUUAAUAAAAUUUAUACAUAAUUAGAAUGUUUUAAUAAGAGUA